UAGGGGGAGCAUGCGCAGAGUGCUGAGCAGGAGCAUACCUGCCUUUACCUUCACCUCCACAUGGAGUUGACCGGAGGAGGCUGCGAGGAGAGGCUGCGCCGGAGUUUGUCGUCUUUAGGAUUCGAAAUCUACCCCUUGAAGAUCAGCUGGUACAAUGCGGUCGUCUCGGCCGAUUUCAGCCUCUCCUACCCAGAGGACACCUUGGCGCUUGUGGUUCUCAGUAGCCCAGGGAUGUUUGAGAGGGCCUUCCAGCCUUUCCUGAAGAACUUGGAUUUGGAGAAUGUCAGAGACCCCAUUGACCAGUGUGUGGCCCAUCACGUCACUUGGGCCGUCAGAGAGGAGUUCCCUGGCCAGAGAGUGGACGUCAUGUACGACUAUGAGGUCCUCCCAAGCCGGAAGCCCAAAUUCCUGGCACAAAGUGCUGCCCAUGUGGCUGGAGCUGCCUACUACUAUCAGAGGAGAGAUGUCACCAGUGACCCCUGGGGAGAGAAGAAGAUGUUUGGCGUGUGCAUUCAUCCCCGUUACGGGGGCUGGUUUGCAGUCCGAGCCCUGCUCGUGUUUCCAGAUGUGACGCUCCCAGAAAUGCUCCCCAAGGAUCCCCCAGAUUGUGUGCCGUCACGUGAGAAGAGGAUCGAGUUGCUGGAGCGUUUCAACUUCUCCUGGAAGGACUGGAGCUACAGGGACAUCAUAGCUGUGGAGGAGCGCUACUCCGAGGAGCAGAAGGCCUAUUUUAUAACUGUGCCGGCAGAACGGCUGCAGCUUCUGAAGAAGUGACCUCCGGCCCUUGGGUCACAUGUCUCUGUAGUGAAGGACUAAUCAGAGACGGAGCCAGAGCGCCAUCCGGUGGUCAGAAGAGUAGUCGGGGCAUCAUGGGGUGUGGAGUCUGCUGCCACAAAACAAAAGUGCAGGAGGUGAGCUGAGAAGACGAGUGCCAACGUG